CACUUGCGCAUUUGCUUCCUUGUUUAUUUGUCUUUUUUUUAGCUCGUUUGAAUGUGAGUAGUUCGUUUACGAUCAGUACGGGAUUCCAACUUCCCCAGAAGCUCUUGUGUGCAUAGCUCGUGGAUGUGAUCUAAGAACCAGUUAAGUGUUUGAAAUCUCCUGGAUGCAUGUGGGACACCCAGUUUUUUAACGGAGUCUCCAUGGAUCUGAAGUGGGACAAAGUGGAUCUAUCUGGGGAACUGAAAUUCUAAUCCCUUCCUGUCUUCAAAUAAACUGCUGUCCAACACUGUAAAUUCCCACGGGCAGAAAACGCAAUGAUUAUCACAGCUUUAUACGUCAUGUUGCCCGUGUUGGAUGUACUGCUGUCCGCGGAGGAGAGUGUGCUGGCUCGCACGGGUCGCCUGGACUGUGUGAAAGCGAGCGAACAGUGUCUCAAGGAAACGAGCUGUAGCACAAAGUAUCGGACAAUGAGGCAAUGUGUGGUGGGGAAAGAGAGUAACUUCACCAUGUUGGCGGGACCCGAAGCGCAGGACGAGUGCAGGAGCGCGAUGGAAGCCAUUAAACAGAGCCCACUCUAUAAGUGCAGAUGUAAACGGGGCAUGAAGAAGGAGAAGAACUGCUUGCGUAUUUACUGGAGUAUAUACCAGACUUUACUAGGAAAUGGUGUACUGGAGGAUUCCCCCUACGAGCGAAUGAACAGUCGUCUCUCUGACAUUUUCCGGUUAGCUCCUAUAAUUUCAGGUGAAUCUGCGGUGACAAAGGAGAACAACUGCCUGAACGCAGCCAAGGCUUGUAACCUGAACGACACCUGUAAGAAGUACCGGUCUGCCUACAUCAGCCCCUGCACCAGCCGGGUCUCUACCGCUGAGGUCUGCAAUAAGCGCAAGUGCCACAAGGCCCUGCGGCAGUUCUUCGACAAGGUCCCUCCCAAGCACAGCUACGGAAUGCUCUUCUGCUCCUGCCCGCCUUCCGACCAAUCAGCAUGCACCGAGCGCCGGCGACAGACCAUCGUUCCCGUGUGUUCCUAUGAGGACAAGGAGACACCCAACUGCCUGUCUCUGCAGGCAUCCUGCAAGACCAACUACAUCUGCCGGUCACGACUGGCUGAUUUCUUUGCCAACUGCCAGCCCGAACCACGUUCCCUUUCCGGCUGUCUGAAGGAGAAUUAUGCUGACUGCCUGCUGUCGUACUCAGGCCUCAUUGGUACAGUGAUGACUCCUAACUACCUUCGGUUUCCCUGGAUCAGCGUUUCGCCUUGGUGCGACUGCAGCAGUAGUGGAAACAGCAAAGAGGAGUGUGAUAAGAUCAGACAGUUCUUCAGUGACAACCGCUGCCUAAGAAAUGCCAUCCAGGCUUUUGGUAAUGGCACUGAUGUGGGUGUGUGGCAACCUGUGCCCCCAGUCCUUGCCCCCUCCACCAACUCCCCCCUUCACAGGGGCAGAGACCGCUCUUCCAAUGCCCUGGAUGACUCCGCCCACACCAACCACCUCCACCCGGCUGCCGGCUCCGUCUACCACUUCUGCAGCAGUCUGCAGGCUCAGAAGUUGAAGUCUAAUGUGACAAUGGAGACACUGCUGUGCGUGGACCCUCCAAUGGGUGACCCCAGUUCCCCCCACGCCAUCUCCCGAAACUCCUGGAAUCCUCCGGCUACGCUAAGUCUCGGCAUGCUACAGCUCGCCAUCCAGUCCGCCGUCGCUAUGGAGCUGUUGUAGCCAUGGGAAGAAGGCUUCCUCCUGUCUUCUUGUUGUGUAGUUUUAGUUUGUUGACUUGUUGCUUUUUAAACUGUUAAUUUACAAGGCAGUAUGGAGGCAAUGUAUAAGCAACGUGUCAAAGGUUUAGCCUCAAUAGCUUUACGACCGGUCUUCUGCUGUAUCUAAGUUUAGCACAAGGACAGGGUCGCUGUUUCAGCAGCCAGUAUAGGAAUGUCAGAGAGUUUAAUGAUUUGAGGUUUUCAGUAACACUUUCGUUGAAGAGCUAUGUAACUACUUCAUAAGCACUACAUAGCAC